AUGCCUACUGUUCAAGUUCUUAUUCUCAUUGUUGACAAACCUCACAAUUCGGAUACGGUCGGCCCAUCGCUUGACGCUAAUGCUAUCGAAGACCAAUCUACUACAGACAGGCCCACUGUCGAAAUACUCAAUGCAUGUACCCUCAAUUACUUCUACAAGGGAGAAGGAAAAGAAAAAUUCGAAGGCGGAUAUAGAUGGAGGUGGUGCGAUUCCGCCUCCUGCAAGAUCCAAGCAAACACAAAUGAGUUGGAGGCUGAAGACGGCCUCGUGUUCGACCUCGCAUCAUACGAUGUGCAGCGACCAUUCAUGCAGAGACCAUCCAUACACAUACUUGAUUGGAUUGAUAGCAGCGAUAUUGGUAAUGUGGAAGCGAAGGAUUGCCUACGGCAAAGGAUAGAUGGAACGAUCAGGUCGUUCGAUAAUGAAUUCGAGGCGUUCAACAAUGAUCCAGUCAAUAAUGACCCGGAACAAGGUAGGUUUAGGCUGGAAUUGCUCGGUGCUAAAGACUUCGACGAUACGACCAGUAGCAGUUUUGCCAUGGUAAGAAAAUCUCAGUCACUCGGUGCGACCGAAACUGCAAGCGUUUCUAGUUGGACACAACGAUACUGGUGGGAGAUCAAGGAGAUACAGGUAGACAGAUCUGUGGGAUCAUCGAAACUGAAAUCGUGCUAUCCACCCGUUCUGCUCAAGGAAUCGGGCAUGGCAGAAAGGCCAGAUGCGAACGAUGAUGACCUGGAAGAAGAGGCAGAUGAUGAGAUUUAUCCGACAGUCGUCAACAUGAAGUCCGUCCUCAUCGCCCUCCUUGCUGCCGCCAGCACGGCGAGCGCCCACUACACCUUUCCCGAGCUCACUGUCAAAGGGACAAAGACUGGUCAAUGGAGUUAUGUCCGCAAGACAGCCAACUACCAGUCUAACGGCCCCACAACAGAUGUAACAGCCAACGCCAUCCGUUGUUACGAACUCUCCCCCGGAACUGGCUCAAAAACUUACACUGUCAACGCUGGAGACUCUGUCGGCUUCACAGCCGUGUCCAGCAUCUCGCACCCAGGACCCCUGCAAUUCUACCUUGCGAAAGUGCCAGAGGGCAAGACGGCUGCUAACUGGGAUGGAAGUGGUGAUGUGUGGUUCAAGAUCUACAGUCAGGGUGCUGAUUUCUCUGGUGGUCAGAUGAACUGGCCUUCGAGUGGCAAACAAGAAGUCUCAGUGCCCCUACCCAAGUCCCUUCCUUCGGGCGAAUACCUUAUGCGCGUCGAGCACAUCGCGCUACACUCCGCUUCUGCAGUUGGCGGUGCACAGUUCUACAUUUCGUGUGCGCAGUUGAAGGUUGAGAACGGUGGCAGUGGAACACCCGGACCCAAGGUUGCUUUCCCAGGAGCUUACAAGGCGGAUGACAAGGGUAUCCAAAUCAACAUUUACUACCCUGUUCCCACGAGCUACACGCCUCCUGGACCAGCUGUGUGGAGUGGAUAG